AUGGACUUAUGGUCAUGGAUCUGUGAGUUGCCAAACUCCGACGAGUGGUCACCCGAUUCCACUUCUGAACUCACCUUCCACUUGGGGAGUUCAACACCUACUGAACUCAACAAAACUCUUCAACUCAAAGCAAGAAGAAAAUUCUCCUCCAACUCCGAUCUAUUGGCAUUCACCUUUUACAUUUCUUAUGAAGAAAAGGCUCUCUGGGUUUCUGACACGUGUCAGGUGAACUCAGACAACCCGUUCUUGCCUCUUGUACUCCAACUCAUCCAAGAAAUUAUCUCCCGUUCACCUACUGCUCAUGAUAGCAUCACCACCGCAUGCCCGCGUUCUCAGCUUCAGAAGCUCAAACCCGAAUCGGUUUCUUGGAUCCUCGACUCUCACUCCCCUGAAUCCUUUUCACCCUUUUUCAAUCUCAUGUUCCUUGCGAGGCUGUUCUGGUUGUGUGCCUGUGACGCGCCGUCGGAGGUGGGAUCUCUUUAUUUCAACUCCAUGCUAGCUCCCAAUCUCGAAGCCUUUUCCUCUAACCCGACGCCGGUACUGCGGGCUUUCUUUGUUUCUGCCGGCAUCGACGUGGAGCUCUCUAUCAUGCGAACGUUCGGGUACAUGUUGACAAAAUGGUUAAUGUUAAGAGAGUCGGGCAUAGGUUUACAGUUGCUAACACCGUCUUAUAAUAACCUUGGAUUCUCCUACGCGGCGGAGACUCAUGGCUUGUGGAUCUUAAAAGGCUACGCGCCGCUGAUGGCAAUGACGCGCAGCCGCUCCAACCGGGCAAACAAUGGGUAUCCUGUAUUUGAAGCAAAGGAGUCUGUACUAAAAUACGCACUGGCCCACCAGCAGAUUGAGGCAGUCAUCCAAUUAGAAUAUUCAGUUGAAGUAAAAGAAAAUUUCAUUCUGGUUAACGCACGUGUCGACAACAUACGAAUCCACAUGGCAAAACUAGGGUUCAACAAGAAUGAUGAAAACCCUUACAUGCAUGAGAGACAUUUUCCAAGUAGAAUCCGGGUUUGGAUAGGGCCAGAAGCUGGGGCAAAUUAUGUAACCAAUUUGACCUUGGGGAAAUCCACGGAUAAUAUUGAGAAAGAGACUGAAACACAAAAGAUAUUGAAGGGUAGUUUUGGGAAAACCAAAGUUCCUAAGAUGAAGACGAUGACGAGGACCACAACAAGGACAAAGGCGAGGACAUGGAGAUGGGACCAAGAUUCAGAUGGACAUGUGGCUAUCUUGGACGCAACAUUAUGUGACAACAUAACAGGUGUAGAGAUGUCCAUGUGGCAGCCAAAUGCUGGCGAUGGUGAUGGUGAUCAAGUUGGUCAAAGCUUUCAGAAACGAUACACAGGUGCACAUAGGUCGUUUACUAAAUCAGGAAAUUGGGUAUUUGGUGAAGGGUUAGAAGGGGUGAAAUGGAGAUUACACAAGGAAAUGGAAGGGAGUGUGUUGAAGUGGAGGAUUGGUGGUCAAAUUUGGGUAACUUAUUUCCCGAAUGAGAUAAAGAGCUCAUAUUUCGAAACACGGUGUGUGGAGUGGUGUGAUGAGGUUGAUUUGCCUUUGAUUCUUGGUGCCUAUUAA